UAUCGUUACACCAUCAGUCGAUCGUGGCGCUUCGAGCGGUAAGCAACCGGGCAGCAGGCGACGAACCCUUCGUCGAUCGUAACCGGAGUGAAGCUUUAGUUUUUCGUUAUUUCGUGAGUGAGUGAGUUGAAAAUAGGAAAAUAAGAAAAGUGUUUCUAGUGCUUAUGUGAUUUAUUUAAGAAAAAGUAGUAGUGCAGAAAAGUGAUUUAAACAGCAGAUCGUGGAGUAGUCGUCUUUUUUCUGCGGAACGCUGUACAGCUAAGGAGUAAAGCAACGAUGCCACGACGUUUGGCGGACGGCUGCACGGUGAACUGCUGUGUGCUGAGCUUCAUCUCACUGCUACUGCUGUUGACCGGAACCGGGGAAGUACGUGGCCAUGUGAGUGAACCGAGCAGCGCCGGCAACAGCAACUCCAUCCGAACGGUAAUGGAUCUGAUGGAGGUGAUGCUGAAUCGGAACAUUCUGGAUAUGUUGAAAAACGGUGGCUUUGACUUCCGGGAGCCGGCUCGCAUCUUUCUCCCGCCAAAGUUUUACUCCGUCGUACCGCUCGACCCGGGUCACAUGAGCCCGGACCAGAUCCUAACGCACGGGCAUACCGUCCCAUUGUCGGUGGCAUUUGGUGGAAAAGCCGAUCAACAACAGCAACAGCAGCAACCGCUGAAGCCAGAUGGUGCUGUGGCCGAAGAUAGCCCACAGAGAGCUGGCUGGAGCGUGUCGGACGAAGGGGGCGGUAGCAGGAUCAACUUGAUUUCGUAUUCCGAUGGCAAAGUGACGACAGCCGGCGGAUUGGGCGGUGGUAGACGCCCGGCGGUGACCAAUAAGGGAAGCGAAACAUUAGAGAAAAAUGUCGCUACAAAUGGGCUUGUGGGUACCGUGGUGCCGGCGAUGGUGAGAACGAAUUUUCAAGAACGAAUCAACGGAAAGGAAAUGACGCCAGCAAAUGGCGAGCGGUGGCAGCCGUCCCUAACGACCUCGAUAACGGAUCAAACGGUGUCACAAAAUGUCGGCCGCACACUUCCGACAUCCGGCCGGGUGGGAAGGCUCACCGGCAGUGGAGGAAGCAGUACGACGGAUCGGCUACGUUCGGCACUGCCCGGUGAACCGGAUGUCGAUUAUCCGAUAUUGGGCAGCGUACCAACGACUCAGUUUAGCUGCGAUAAGCGCCAUCAUGGUUAUUAUGCCGACGUUGAGGCCCGCUGCCAAGUGUUCCGUGUGUGCGCCAACACCGAUUCGACCGGGCGUGGAUUCGCUUUCCUCUGCCCGAACGGAACACUCUUCAACCAGCGCCAUCUGGUGUGCGAUUGGUACAUGAACGUGCGGUGCGAGGAGAGCGAAAGUCUGUACCACGUGAACGAAGCUAUCGGCCGGAUGGCGGGUGGGCGAUCGAUGGUGAGCGAUAAUCCGCGCGAUAUGAUGAGCGUAGUCAUGUCGAUGGUUACCUACCCGAUGCGCUCGCUGAUGGACAUGAUGGAUGGGGUGGGCGUGAUUGAGGAGCGUUUCGAGGGUGGUGAAAAGGAGCGACCACAGGAGCAGGUUAAAGUGUCACCGUCUGUGGGAAGAAGCGAUGGGUUCGUGACCCCUGGAGCAGGUUUGCAACCACCACCAUUCGCGAAAGUGAGAUAUUCGGGAGACUUGGACGAUUACAGUCCAGAGGUGACGAAUUACGAGGCAGGUGUCAGUCCUUCCGUUGGACCUCAGACGAAUCGAGGAACGGAGAAUGCAUACCGUCCCAUGCUGGACAAUGUGUAUGUGUCGAGUCUGGGAACAUUGUCCACCGAUCGGGAUUCGGGAUUUGAUCCGGCAAGGUCAACGUUGCUCAAUAAACCGGCGGACGGAGUAGCUCAGUCGUAUGGAGGUCCUCAAACGGACUCGUUCGGAGUUAGCGAUGUGAACCAGCCAAAAUAUACCAGCCCCUUUGCCACGGAUAUCGAGCUGGUAAAGGCAGAUUUGGUGCAUUCCUGGAACGACCAACCAACUCCCUUAAAGCUAAGCCCAGUGUCACAAACAUUACCACAGCAAACGCCAACUUCUCAGCACACACCAAUUCAACCACCUCAUCAAACAACGCACAGCGUCCCGAAGCAAGGAUCAAUACUCCCACCGACCGGUGUUUUACCACCGUCCACAUCCCUAACACGCACCGUAUUGAUCGGUGGCAACAGAAAGUACACUAACCCAUCCGCUUCUGCUGCUGGCCAUCGGUUUGCCCCGGUGCGCAAAGUGCUUCCCAUCCAGAAGGUGACCGUUGUACCGGAAAACACGUACCAGAUGCAAAGCAACUCCUACACACGGGCGCAAAACUUCUACCCUACCAGCUAUCCAACGCCCUCGGUGUACAGAGGCGAUUCCGUUCAGCCAACGUAUGUUCGACCGGCAAACUUACCUUAUACUGCCCCCAGCAGAACACAUGCUGCUCAUCAGUACAGGGCGCACACUGUUCCGGUGGGGUACAAUCGGGUCAGCAGCAGUAGUACACCUUACAGCCAGCAACUUCUACGCAGAAGCGAUGUACUAUCGGCGAUUCCGGCUUCAACGAACGUGAGUCCACGCCGGUACAAAACGACUACCGUAUUGCAGGUGGUACCUUCGCUUAGCUUUUACCUGAACGAUGCCCAAGAAAAGCGAGCGUUCGAUGAAGCCGUCCGGCAAGGGUUGUUUGACGAACGAAGACGUCGGGCCUACACAUCGUACGAUGUGCCGCUGGGCAGUGUGGGACGACUUUGGCGAAAGGCUUAGUGCUCUAGCGGCUAAGAGUUAAUGUAAUUUAUUAGAAGCUUACCGGUAAAGAAAGCGAACCGAGCGACGGCAAACAAUGGGGAAAAAUGGAAAAUGCGGACAGAAAAAAAAAUUUGAAGGAUGAAAAUAGCAGCUCGAAUACAUCUGAUGAGAUUAUGAGUAAGAAUAAAGCACAAAAUGGAAAAAUAAAACUCACAAAACAAGAAUACAAACAA